AUGGUUUAUCCAGAAAAUUUUAAAGUUGUCACCAAAUCAUUAUCAAACAAUAUCUUAUUAGCAGCAAGUCCUUUCAAAAGAUUUGAUAAAAUCAAUUUUGGAGCUAGAAUGGCUAUUUUUAAAUUUCCAAGUACUAAUCAAGAUUCAGUUAUACCAAAAUUAAUACUUUGGAGUCCAUUACCUUAUUCACCUCAAGUAGUAAAUGUUAUAAAUGAGUUUUCAGGAGUUACAUCAGAAUCAAAUUUAGAUAUCGCAUAUGUUAUUGUACCUGAUAGAGAACAUAAUUUAGCUGCAGCAUUAUAUAAAGAGAAAUUUCCAAACACCAAGAUCAUUGGAAUGGAAGGCAUUGAAAAAGUUCCAUUGGAUUAUACAUUUAAAGAAAAAGAUGGUAAUAAAUUAAUUAGUGGUGAAGUAUUAAAAGAAUUGAUUAAUGAUGAAUUGAUUUAUAAAAAUUUUGAUUUUGUUUACUUACCAUAUCAUGCAAAUUCAGAAUUGGUCUUGUUUGAUAAAAAUUCAAAAGUAUUAUUUGAAGCUGAUUUAUUAUUCAAUUUAGGAGUUCCUAAUUUAGAACAAUUUUCACCUCAAUUAGGUUAUCCAGAAAAUUAUAAUCCUCAUUCUGGUUUUUCAUUUUUAACAAGAUAUUUACAACCUUAUUCAAAAGUUGGUGUAUUCAUGUUUAAUAAAUUGGUCAAUAAUGCAAAGAGUAGAAAAGGAUUGGAAGCUAUUUACUCUUUAGACUUCAAUACAAUUGUUAUGUGCCAUGGAAAUAUUAUUACAAAAGAUGCUAAAGAAGCAUUUAAACAUGUAUUUUUAAGUUAA